UUUUUCACUUCUAGCGGUUUAUUUACACAAACCAAAAGUCUUAAAUAUGUUUUUGUACUUCUACCAGUUUACCGUUUGAUCCCAUUUUCAAAGAAAAAAAUUCAUUUUGUAAAACGUAAAAUUUAUAUAUUUAUUGUUAUUACAAAGAAAACUCUAUAAAUUAAUAUACAAUGAACUAGUUAACAUUUUAGAUAGAUAAAUUAAAAAUAUAGUAUAAAUUAGUGAAACAAUAAUUUUGACAAAAGUCUUAUAUAAUAUAUACGCUCUAUCAAUUUAAAAAUGAUUAGUUAUUACAUAAAGAUAUAAAUAAAAUAAUGAUUAGUUGUUUUCUUAAAUUAAAACUAUUUUAGGAUCUAUCUCUAUUUUCUUACUACAUCAAAAUUUAUGAUGUUUUUUUUUGUUAAAAAAAUAUAAAUGCAAUUAUUGUUUAUUUGCUGCCAAAUGUGAAGACAAUGAGUGUCAUCAAGUUCAUAUAGCAAAAUAUAAUAUCCAAUCAAAAUAUUUUUUAAAACAAUACGAAGCUUUUAUAAAAUAAAAAAUGAUAUAAAAAUAUAUACAUUUAUCGAAUCAAAAUAAUAUCCAAUCGUAAUAUAUUAAAAAAAACAAUAUGAAGUUUUUCUAUUUUAGACAAAUGAAAAUUAAAGAUUAUUGUUUUAAACAUUAUAACUAAAGAUUAUUAGAUACACUAGGUGUCUUUAACAACAUUCUUUUUUAAAUACCUUUACAUAAUAUUCGAUCAAAAGACCGUAGGAUGUUUCAUAAUAUUCGAUAAAUAUAUAUUUUAAAAAAAUAUAUACAUAUAUCGAAUCAAAAUAAUAUCCAAUCGUAACAUAUUUAAAAAAAAAUAUGAAGUUUUUCUAUUUCAGACAAAUGAAAAUUUUGAAGAUUAUUGUUUUAAACAUUAUAACUAAAGAUUAUUAGAUACGUACACUAGGUGUCUUUAACAACAUUCUUUUAAAAAUACCUUUACAUAAUAUUCGAUCAAAAGACGGUAGGAUGUUUCAUACAAAAAGCUGAUAGUGAUAACUUGGGUGUUACUUUGUUAUUUCAUAUUUUGAUGAAGUUUUCGUAAGCUAAUGUGUUUUAAAUAAUAUAGAUUCUUUCUAAAGUUUAUGAUAAUGUUUAUUGUUUUGUUGAUUCAAAAUUUUGCUUGUUGAUGUGAGUAAUAGUUCUUGUUGUAGUUAGUCACCAAAAAGUUAAAAGUAUCAUACUUGGGGUGAAUUUGUGGAUUAGUCAUUUUUUAUGUUUGUAAGUGUAUUGUAAGAACUAGGUAAUAAUCCGCGUCUUGGGCGAAAUGUGAUUAUUAGUUUCGUUAUUUUUUUAAUAAGGAGACAUUAAUCUGUUUAAUCUGGAUAUAGCUUCGGUUUUAAAUUAUUUUUUUGUUUUUAAUCUCCUAAAAUAUAACUAUCAUUUUAAAUCAAUAUUUAUUUGGUUUAUUCGGUUAAAAUAUUUGAUGUUUUUGGUUAUUUUUUUCCUGUGAUAAUCAAAAGUUACUAUUAUUUGUUUGUUUUCAUGUUAUGAAUCUUAGAUAAUCGUGAUGUCGAAGCAAUGGUUUCAUAUUAUAGUUUCUAAACGGAUAAUAGUUAAAAAAAAAAUUAUUAAGACAAAUAAUUUUACUACAAUUUGGUCGAUAGUGAAAGAAGUAUUAAGAAAAAAAUAUUUUAACUUUCAAAAAAAUUAGAUAUUUUAGUUGUGGUAAAUAUUUAGUUAUAAUGUGCUCACGUUAAUGUGCACUUGUAUGUGUAUGUAAAAGUAUAUGAAGAUAGUUGAUAAAUAUAUAAAGAUACUGUUAAUUAGUAUUAAAUGACAUUUUUAAAAAAAUAAUAAAUGAAAAAUAAAAUUCUUAAAAUAAUUUUUUUUAAAAACAAAAAUAUUGUAACAUUUAUAUAAACUACAAUAUAUAACUUAUAAAUAAUAUUUAAAUAUAUGUAUAUAUAUAUAUAUAUGCAUAUAAGAGAUCAAAUUGGAUAUUCGUUUCUAUAAAUAUUGAUAUUUGUGAUUUGUUUUUUUUUUAUGGAUAUUGCAUUUUUGUAUUUGAUUUGCUUCGUAGAGUAAUGGAUAUCCAGAUUUUUCGGUUCGAAACAAAAAGAUAAUGAAUUGAAUCAAAAUUUCUGAAUAAUUUGUCUAGUUAUAUUCUUAAAAAUUAAAAAAAACUAUAUAAAAAUUUAAAGUUAAAACAAUAGGGAUUUGAUGAGUAAAUUAUAUGCGUAUUUUAAUUUAAUAUGGAUAGUGUAAAAGUUAUAAAUAUUAUCUUUUCUUUUUACUGGAAACACAAAUCUAUUAAUAAGCAAUGGUGGAAAAGUCAGAAACAACUCCCUUCCGAAAACCAUGAACGUUAUUGAGAAAUAGAAAUACAAAUUUAGAGAAAUUUGCGUGGCCACAUCUACAUACGAAUUUGCCUCUCAAAACCUUAACUAAUCCAAGUUAAAAAGACUAUAUAACUGCGUCCAUAAGUAGUUAAUACAUUCUUGUUACCUUUGAUUACGAGGACAAAAAAAUGUAUGCUUCAGAUUGCCGUUAUCGAGGCUACAUUUUACUUCUAGUUCUAUUUUAUUCACUUGUGUUUGAUUUAGCUUCAAAUAUAGACAUUUCUGAUGAUGUAGGAGGCAACCGAACCGACAGUAACUGGAAACGUUUUCUCUCUAAUUCCAAACAACAUGGCAAAGAAUAUACUAGUUGUAUAAGUAUAGGUGCUGAAAUUCCAAAGCUGUAUCUUUUUUGUGAUGAAUCACCUAAAGACAUUAUUACAAAAAUCAAUUUCGCUGAUUAUGGAAAUCCUAUCGGUGGUUGUAAAGAUAAUAGACAUGGCAAUUGCGGUGCACCAGCUGCCUUGAGGGUGGUCGAAAAGAAUUGUCUUGGAAAACUCAAGUGUGAGCUUAACAAUUCGGACGAGAUGUUUGGUCCGAGUCACUGCAAAAAAGAUAUUACGCUCACUAUUGAAUAUACUUGCACAAAAGCUUAGGUUUUUAAGUUUCUCCUUAAUUAAGGAUUUUAAAAAUAAUUUUGGUUUGUUUCGUUAUAUUGAUCAAGUUCUUGUUGAUUAUUAAAGGAACGUUUCAGAAUUUUUUUUUUUUUUGGUUAUUUUGUAACAAAGGUUGAUGUGUAGGACCACAAAAUUUCUGAUUCAAAACCAUGAAACAAGACGGUUGAAAACGAUAAUAUAGAGGUAAACGUUUGAAAAUCAUUAGGAAAUAAACGAAAGAACAAACAAAGUCAAGAUUAUAUAUAUUUAUUUAACUCGAUAAAUUGGAUCUAAUAUGUGACAAUUAUGUGCGAUUUUUGAAUUCCAUAAUACAAAUGCUUUAAAACUAUUUUGCAAUACCCUAAAUAGAAUCUUCAAACUUAUUUCUAGGCUAUACUCUCGAGACUUACGUUAAAAAAAACUAAAGAGUUUGAAACUUUUAUCUAACGUACG